AGCUCGUGCACAGUCAUCUCACGCUGAAAUUACUCCAAAACGCAGGCAGGUGGUUGCAUGAAGGUUAAUGACGAAGCACCAGGCAGCAUUUUGUAUCAUUCACGGAUAUUUCUCUCCACCCAGACAAAGGAACUGACAGAGCUGGAGCUGCCUUUUUUUGCCAUUCUUCAUUGAGAGCACAUGUUAUGGAAGGAGGGGCCUUAAACUAAAGGAGACCAAACCAGGCGACCUGAAAUAACCAAAACCUUCAUUAUCGCUUCGAAAUGAAUCUUCUCUUCUUAACUGGAUGAAAUGCCUUGACCUCCCCCCCGCCGUACCAUGGCAGGUUUAGUCUCCUCUGUGGGUUUGGUGGUGAUGCUCAAGGCUCUCAUGCACGCCCGCGGCCAGCGUGCAGUGUUGCUGGGGAUGACAGUGUUGGUAACAGUGAUCGCAGCUGACUCACCUGUUGCAGAUGAGUCAAAGUUGGACUCUACGCUCAACCCUAUGGGAUUUCUUGGACAUGAUCCAAGUUCAACAGGGUCCAAAUCAUCAGCCUUACCAGUCUCACAGUAUACUGCCUUUGAGAGCCCAGAUUCACCUGGUGCCCUGCCAUCCAUGUCUGAAGCAAACCAUGAAGUUAGGACUGCUGGAGUCACGCAUUUCCAGUCGGGAAGUGUUGCUUCUGAAAGCUCCAAAUCCUUCACAGCUAGUGACCUCCUUGCAGAAGAACCACAUCCUCUUUCCACUCCAUCUUUAAGCCCCUCAGAAUCUGCGCUGGAGUCUAGUCCACAAUUUGAGGCACCAGCUAAACCCUCUACGACCUGGAAGCAGACCAGGACAAAGUCUGCAAAGCAAUCUUCCUCUCUCUCUCCAACUCCAACAAGAUCACAGCCUCAAUCAAAUAUAUCCUUAGUAUUAUUAAGUCCCUCUGCUUUUACAAGGUCAACAACACCUCAGCUAGGUCUUGAGCAGAAAUCAACAUCCAACAAGCAGCAGGAUGAUGCAUCAGAUCAAACAGUGACAAUCAUGACUUCACUUCCUGCUGAGCCUCUUGAGCCCCCUAACUUGACUUUCACUGACUUUGCAGCUGAUGAAUCUUAUGGUAAAGUCCUGGAUGUGAACCAGUUAAGCCCGAGUAGUGCCCCCUUGGUGGAGAACAAACCAACACAGGAAAUAAACAUGCUCCCCAACCCAGAUAAAAUUCUGGCCCCUGGCUACAAUGUGCCUUUCAUUGCCCCUGACCCCACAUCAUCUUCAUCUGAACCCACCGAGGUCUCUCCAGAGGACUUCUACCCCACUAACACCAUGGAAGUGGACUGGGGGUCUGGGGACUACUUGGAGACAAUGUCAUUCUUAAAUGCAGAUGAAGAGGACUACUCUCUGGUCACCAAGGUGCCCUCUGACUCGUAUGAUCUUGAGGACUAUACAGAAAGAUAUGACACAUCCUUCCCUUCCAGAGUUGGCAUAUCACCUUCAUCUUUGCAUCCUCUUCAUGUCUCACCUUCUCCCAGCCUCCAGACGGCGUACAGCACCAUUGUUCCACUUAAAUCCAUUUAUCCUUCCUCUUUGUCCUCCACAAUUCACUAUACACUGGACCCUUCUCCCUCAGCUAACAGUGAGAUACCAGACAUAUCAGACAUAGAUUGGCCCGAUACUUUCACAAUUCAACCCACAGAUGUUCUCUUACCUGACAUGAACAGCUUGGAGUAUUACACCACUCAGUUGACCAAGGAGAACAGCUCAGACACCGGAGCCGAACAAAGAGGGAAUGUUACUGUGGUGUCCAUCAGUGCUACAGACAUCACACCCACAAACAGCUUAACCAAUGAUACAAAACCAACUGAAGAUGAGUCCUCAAGUGAACCGUCAGGGUUUGAGCCUCAAGACGAAUCGACCCCAGUAGCAACCACAGAGGCGAGUCCUCAGCUGGUCAAUGCCUCUGAGCCUUUUCUGGAUCCUUCUAUAAUCACAACCCACUUUUUUGAUCCCUCUUCUUCUGUCUGGGAUGGUCAGGUGUUCACCACAGAUUGGCCUUCACAUAGUCUAACUGUUAGCAUGGAUGACACUGUUUUAACCGAAGCAAGUGCCACACCUUUGCUGCCAGAUGACGUAGUGUCUUCCUCCUCUCUGACAGAUGUGCACUGGUUUGUUACAGAGCCAUUCCCAUCAAGUACCAUACAGAGCACUCCUGUCUUAACUGCAACCCUAGUCUAUUCCCCUGUUCCCACUGAACCUGCUGCCAACACCACAACUGGUACAACAGAACUAACUCCCCAAGACUCCACUUUUACAGCUGAAUACACUCACAAUAUCACUUUAGUUUCAGCUGAACCCACCUCUAAUGUCACUUUUGUCCCUCCGGUCGUGUUGGGGGAUCAGGGGGUGACUGAAGAUGGAGCUGACAUACCAGCCACAAUGACCUUGAUCCCAACUAGCAGUGAAGCUAAUAGAGUCUCUGCUGCGCCCACAACUACAACUGCCACCACUACUUCUCAUCAAGCCACAACUAGAAUUACUGCCACCACAGACGCCUCAACUAGUGUCAGCAUCAUUUCCACCACUGGUGGAAAGACCACAACUACAGCACCAAUAUCAAAACAGUACCUCUGCAACCUUGACAGACCUGCCUAUUUAGUAAAAAUUGGUUUUCCCUCUGGCGCCACCAUUGGAUAUGCCAAAUCUCAAUUGAGAGACAUACUGAAAGCUGAAUUCAACAAGUCUGUGGAGCUGCAGGUUGUGGAUCCUCCACCAAAGUUUGUGUUUCGGGUGGUGUCUGGUCCCAUUGUGUACACGGCCAUAUCUGUCAUCAAUGCUCUGCGAAGGUCUGGGCGCCGCUUCCUGUCUGUGUCUCCCAACUGGGCAACACCAGACAGUAAAUAUCAAGUCCACACAGUGCUGCAGUUUGUUCCCAGUCACAUAGAUGUGCGGUACUGCAACUUCAGUGAGAGCAUUGAGAAAGGUUUGACCAUGGCCUUUGCGGAAGUGCGGCGGCGCUCAAAGGAGUCGACCAACUUCACAGUGCAUAUUGUAAACAUCACCAUGGCUGCGCCUAAAUAUCAGGAACAACGGCUGGUGAGGCAGCCGGUUGACAUCACCUUCACUGUGCGCAGUUCAAGGGGCUACCUGAUGGGGUCAGAGGUCAGCAAUGCACUGAUGAAGCUCACAAUGGUGGAGUUCAGCUAUUACAUGGGCUUUCCUGUUCUGCAGAUUGCUGAGCCUUUCCAUUAUCCCGAGCUGAACACCAGCCAGCUGCUUCGCUCCUCCUGGGUUAGAACAGUGCUCCUGGGUGUGUUGGACCAGAAAGUGGGUGAAAGGACCUUCCAAGCCAACAUGGAGCGCCGGGUGGCCAUGUUACUCGGGGAAGCAACGGGAUUAAUGAGACGUGUUAAGAGAGCGACCCAUAUAGGCAACAGCAGUGUGCAGGUUGUGAGUACGAGCAGGCUGGUGGGUGAGGACCAUCCCUUGGAGAUAGUUUAUUUUGUGGAGGGUCUCAAUGGUCAGAGGAUGCCUGCAGUUCAAACAGCCAACCUUCUCAACAGCCUGGACGUUCAAAGGGCUGCCAUUGUGUUGGGAUACCGUGUCCAAGGCGUUUUGGCACAACCUGUUGAGAAGGUGGCGUCUUCACCCUCUGACGCAGAGAACACCAACACGUGGAUCGUCAUCGGAGUCGUAAUUCCCCUCGUCGUGGUUAUCGUCAUCAUUUCCAUCCUGUACUGGAAACUCUGUCGGACAGACAAGCUGGAGUUCCAGCCAGACGCCAUGACCUCCAUCCAGCAAAGACAGAAGUUGCAGGCUCCCAGUGUGAAAGGCUUUGACUUUGCCAAAUUGCAUCUUGGCCAGCAGAGUAAGGAUGAUGUCAUGGUGAUCCAGGAGCCUGGCCCGCCAGGGCCCGGCCCUGGGCCCCUCCCCUUGUCCCUUAAAGAUGGCCUCACUCCAUCUGAGAAUGGGGAGAUCCCCACACCCAUAUCCAAAACCUCAACCAAAGCAUCCCGCAGUGGCAGAAGGCGAGGAAGGAUCUCGCCGUCUGACGGUGACUCUGUGGUAAGUGACCAUUCCAGUGAGCGGGAAUCAACCGAGGAAAACCUGAGAGCCCACGCCACGCCCAGCGACAGCAAGCAGACCCGUAAGGUCCCCAUCAAUGUUUUAAAUGGUCCUCCUCCUAUGAACGGUACAAACGAGCAGCUAUCCUCAGCCUCCAUCUUUGAACACGUUGACCGCAUGUCUCGUGCCACAGAGGCAAGCAAGAGACUCCCCAACAAAAUCCAGCUCAUCGCCAUGCAGCCCAUGCCUGUCCCACCGCUGCAUAGCCCACCCAUCAACGGCAAACUGUCUGACACCAACCAAAUCAACAAAGAGAUCCAGGUAGCACUGAGACACAAGUCUGAGAUCGAACACCAUCGUAACAAAAUACGUCUGCGUGCCAAGAGGAAGGGCCACUAUGACUUCCCUGCCAUGGACGACAUGACAAGUGGCCUCGGAGAUCCGAAGGACCAGGAUCGCAUCUAUCAGAAAGCACAGAUACAAAUUGAUAAGAUUCUGGACCCGGAUGCCCAGAUGCCCUCCAUCUUCAUGGAAUCCAAAAAGAGUGGUCGAGGAAGGCGUUCCCCGAAACAGAGGAUGAAGGAGCAGCUGAAUGGAGGCAUGAUGGAGGCAGACAAAGACCACCUCAUCACUGAAGACAGUGAUGCUGCUUAUAGAAAGUGUCCUGGAGUCAACAAUGUGGCCUAUGUAUCGGACCCUGAUCAAGGCUCAGGAUCCCCUCACAGAAGCCCCUCCCCCACUGAGGACGUCUUCCUAGGUCCCGCUUCCUCUCCUCCAGGCCACGCCCCUCCCCCACCCCCCUACAUGCCUCCACAGCCCUCCAUUGAAGAAGCGCGACAGCAGAUGCACUCCCUGCUGGACGACGCCUUCGCCCUGGUGUCGCCCACCUCUCAGGGCAGCACAGCAGGGAUCACUCUCCCUGGGGUCAACACCAACCCCCCUGCCUCCAGCCCUCCAGGCCGUGGCCCCAGACCUUGGGGUCCCUCUUACCAAGCUCUUGGCCCUUUCCCUGGUAGGUUCACUGAGCUGAGCAUGUCCCCUCCUCCAGUUCAAGGCCUGAUACCAAGGCAGGGCCUUGGCUCGAGCUACCUACCACCAGGAGAAACAGCAGGGCAAUGUGAGCAGCUCCAGCCAGACAGCCUGUACUCCAGCAGGGGCCUCUAUGCUGAUGAGCUGCCCUCAUCUGCCAGACCGCGACCAGUAGGGGGAACUACAGGAGCCCAGCUCCAUCAUCUAACACAGGUGGGAUUGUCCAGCCGGAUGAAUGGUUACCCAGCAGGGGUCAGGGCUGCUCCAGGGCAGAAUGGAGGCAUUGGAUGGAACCACUACCAUGGUGACAAUUUCUCCAGGGCAGAGCCUGAAAAAGAUGCCUUCCUGGACUGUCCUGACUACUCGUCCUCCUCUAUCUUCCAGACGCCCAGAAGUGGUAUCAGGGAGCCCUCUGCACCCCCUGUCCACCUAGACACCCCGGGGGUGGGCUAUCUGUCAGCCCCACCGCCCCUGGACACAUCUCCUCCUACACACUCCUCUGCCUCCCUGAUCAAGGCCAUCAGGGAGGAGCUGUUGCGUCUCUCCCAGAAACAGGCAGCUGUGCCCAGCUACCACAGCUGAAGCCCUGGCCUCCAGUCUGUAGCUCGAACCAGUCAUGCCACUGACCCUGCCUGCCUGCUUCGCCUAAUCUGACAAUACUUCCCAUGGAAGUCCCCGAGGGUGUACAGCAGAGAGAUAGUCCUGCUAAACUGAAGAGAACAGGUGGCUAAUAGAGAUUUCUAACUGAAGAACUGAAUGAUAGGAUGAAUAAUAACAGCGCCAAGACCAUUCAGAAUCAGAUCAACUGCAGUAUGUCAAAUCAGAGACAGUGUUAUAAAAUGUAGAACAGUAUAAGCAGUAUAUUGCUGGACCUUGAAAAUGAGAUGACAUGUCGGGACACGCCCUGCCCAUGUGUCUGUCCUGCACUUCGCUGGGGAUCAGGGUGCUUAUGUCUAGCCCCUGUGGAUCCUGGACUGUGAGAUUGAGAUUUUGCUGCAUUUCUUCAGACUCGGUAUUCUGUGUCAUGGUUUCCUUCUCAUGCUGCCUUCACUAAACUGGAAACACCCCACCAGACAUGUCAUUUUUUUACAUUACUUAAACUACCAUACAGGUAUUUGUCAUUUUCCAACGCAGGCCCUUAACCUCUCUAUCACCAUCAGGUGCUACUUCAUGUUUUCUGCCAUGAUGAGCCAUGCUAUGCCUUGACACUGUGAUGUAGUUCACCUGACCCAAUCUACUGUAUGAGCCUACAGUGAGGUCAUAGUUCACAGAUGGUAGGCACAAAGGGCCAUCCAUAGAGACUGAUAAAACUCCUUAACACUACAUAGUAUUUCCAUGCUUACUGCAGUAGCACACUUAGUAUGAGUUGAUAUUUUUUGACUAAAAGUACAUACUAGUUUUUGUGGACAACUUGUGUUCAUGUCCAGUGUUUUUAUUUAUGUUUAGUAGCUAACAGAUGGCUAGACAAACAUGAAAGAAUGGCCUUGAAAAUCAUUCAUCUUCAAACAUGACUUCAGAGGCAGGUGUUAGAGAUACAGACACACGUAUUUCAAGUCCCAAAUGAAGACUUUCAGUAUGCACUUGACAAUUAGGGUGUAUUGUAUAUGGUUGUAGUUUGAUGCACUGUAUGCAGACUACUUGGUACAGCUCAGGUCAUUCAAAAAGAGAUUCUCUGCGGACAAAUCAGUGAUGAAAGAGUUUGUUUGGUUAUUGAAGAACUGUUAAAGAUGGAAAGUCACAGAGACCAGUAUUCUUUUUUUUUUAACAUUAACCUGUAUUUACUAUGUACUGAAACAUCAUCUCUGUUUCAUGUAGUAUUCACUGUUUGCUUUGCCUUUUUUUGCUUUAACAGGAAGGAAAAAAUGUGUACUGUAUUUGUGUUGUCAGUUAUGGUUUACUUCAACCAAUCAUGUUUAUGUGCUUUUUAAAAAUCUCUUUGGAUUUACCUUGCCUCAUAUAAUUUUGUUCACCUGAAAUGUCUCUUUUAGUCAUCAUACUGGUUGGAAAUCUAGGUUAUCUAUUUUGACAUUACCCUCCCCCGAUAUGUUGUGAUGUUUCGGGGCCUGAAGUGAUAUUUUAAUUAAAUUAAAUAAAAGAGAAGAUUAUGGAUUUUAAAAGCAGGUCUUGGGAAUAUGUUUCAGAGAGUGUACCUGUAUUAUUUGGUGGAUUCUAAACUGUGAGUUGAAACAUAUUACAGAUGUUAUCGGAGAGCACUUCCCACCUUUCUUAUGUUUGUAAUGUGAUGUGCCUUUUGGACUCACCUGAACAGAUUAAGUACACAGGAUGACAAAGGUUCUCUGUGCGGCCUGAUUUACUGUCAUUCGUUCAGCCACAUAAUAUUGAAGGUUGUGAUUGCAAGUCUAAAUUUUGACAAGAGCUCUAGAAAAGACGUUACAUGAUCUGUUGGUGUUUUAGGGAGCAUCAAGGUGAAAUUUAAUACAGCGAACAGUGAUCAAACAUUUUAUGGAGUGGGUCAGGGUCUGGUUUUCCAUUUCACCUCCUAUGUUCAUGUUUUGUGUUACCAAUCUCACACUGUAUGCCUCCAUCUGCUGGUUAUGUACUGUAACAACAGCCCACCCCUGUGUUUACCUUCAGUUCCGUUUUUAUAAUAACUGUUUUUUGGUGUAUUGCUGUUGUUGUUGUUUUUCAUCUAUUUCUACAUCUUGUAUUUUGUGAAAAUUAUCUGUUGGCUGGCCCAACUUUGU